AUGGCAAUUAAUAAAUGCCAAAAAUUUGAAAAUUUCAGGAGGCUUUUUCCCGAUGAAUUGAAAAAUUCGAAACAAUAUGAUUUUAAUAAUGGAACGUUCAAGAGCUACUGCUCUAAUAAUAAAUGUGAUAAUGAUACCGACAUAGUUAACGCUGGAUGUUUAUGGUUAAUUAAUGAAUUUUUCGGUAAAGCUGGUACUUCAGUUGAUAAACAUACUUAUAAGGAUGAUCUUGUAUGUAUUAUGAUAUGGUUAAGUUAUAAAUUAAACCUAAAGACAUUUGAUAACAUCACCACAUUAAAAGAUUUUUAUUCUAAUCAUAUAGAAAAAAACACAGAAUACACUAGUCGUAAUGUUAAUGAUCAAACAUAUGGUAGUUAUAAGAGCAUUAUAGAUACAAUAAAGGAAUAUAUGGACAUUAAUAUUAGUAAUAUGUCUAAAUUUUAUGAAUUACUUAAAUUGUUAUGUAAUAUGUAUAAUGCUUAUAAGAAUGCUAAAAGUAACGAUUUUUCAGAACAUGCUAAUAAAUUUGUUAGUAAAUAUAAAGAAUUCCUUGACGAUGAAAAUAAUAUUGACAACAGUUCAUACGAUAAAGUAUUAUGUAUAUUUUCCAAAUAUUAUAAUGAUUUUGGAAAAGGUACUCGUUUUAGUAAUAUAUCAACAGAUCGUCCUCCAUUACCAACAGAAAAAACAGCCAAAAAAGUUGAAGUAGAAGGUUAUAAUGAAACAAAAAUAGGUGAAUCCUCGAGUGAAACAGGUCAAUCAGAUCAUGAAACGACAAUCCCAAGUUAUGAUACUACAUUAUCAGGAUUAUCACUAGUAAAUAAAUUAAUUCUAGUUUUAUCGAUAUUAGCUGCAAUAGCAAUUUCUCUAGUAAUUUCUUAUAAGUAUUCGUUAUUUGGAUUUCGGAAAAGAGCUCGAAAACAAUAUUUAAGAGAAAAUCUAAAAAAAUAA